AUGUCGUUUGCAAUUGUUCAUUAUGAUGUUUGGGGUCCUACUCCAAUUUCUACUCCCUCUGGUGCUCGUUGGUUUGUUACAUUUAUUGAUGAUUGCACACACGAUCCAUCUAAUGAGAUACAUCUACAACCAUACAAAUUACCUGUUCGUAAGAAUCGUGGUAUCCCGAAGAUUCAAUUUGAAGUAGAUCCCAAAGCUAAAGUGAAGUACCCGAUUAGCAACCAUGUUUCCACUCACAGAUUGUCCGCACCACAUGCCAUGUUGAUCAAACCCCUAGAUUCUUUGUCUACACCAAGCAGUGUAGAAGAGGCUCUGAUGGACCCAAACUGGAAACAAGCAAUGAAUGAUGAGAUGCAAGCUUUUCAAAAGAAUUCCACAUGGGAACUUGUUCCUCCCAAGUGGCAAACGAACUGUGAUGAUCCUGACGAAAGAAAAGCAUUGCAAGAGUACUUAUCUAAGGAGUUUGAGAUGAAAGAUCUUGGUACACUUAAGUAUUUUCUUGGGAUAGAAGUAUCUAGAUCACAGCAAGAUGCGAAUUGGGCUGGGUUCCAAACAAACAGGCGAUCCACUUCAGGUUACUUUACUUUUGUAGGAGGUAACCUUGUUACUUGGCGUAGUAAGAAACAAAAUGUUGUUGCAAGAUCAAGUGCAGAGGCAGAAUAUAGAGAACCCAAUUAG